CACGAAUUCCAAGAGGAGCAUGUUGCGGCUCCUGGCAGGCCGUGGAUGCAUUUGCUUGUGGUUGUUUGCCAUGGUGAUGAUGGCGGUGGUAGCUGGGGUUCCUGUUGUCGACAUUACUGACAUUUCCACUGCCCACAAGUUCACCCCCAUGCUUGUAAUUGCUUUCAAAUCGUGGGAGCCAUACAACGUAUCGACCAUCGCAACGUUUAUCGAUACAGCGACAGCAUUGGCAAUCACCCUUCCCGAUCUAUCGUUUGGAGCAUGGGACAUGUCGCUGUAUCCGAUGACUUCCCCCACAGGGUUUGUCGUACGGGGGUAUCCAGCGUACCUCUUGUUCGAGAGUGACGCUACCGUCCCCCGCAAGUACAUUGGACCCGCCACGCCGAAAGCCAUCGAAACCUGGCUCACCAACACAUCUCCGUUGGUCGAGUUCGAUUCGAUCGACGAGUGGACAUGUUAUGUCGCCGCAGCCCAAGAACCCAUUGCGCUGGUCGUGGUUCCGGACCUUCAUAGCCCCGACAGACUGGUCGCGGAAGCGUUGGCUGCACAAAGUGACGUCGGCGUCGUGGCACUUCGGGCGUAUGAUUGGGCCGUGGACGGCGCAUGGGGUAAGCUAGGGCCCCGGCUGUGGGUGUAUGAUCCCGUCCUCAACACACAGAAUUUGUACGAUGGAGCGUGGUCAGUCGGUCUCUUAGCAGCCUUCGUUGUCAAGUGUCAACGUCCUUGGCUGGAUGUAUUUGAUCCAUACGCGCCGUUUGAUUAUUCCGCCCAUACUGCACAUGGACUACUUUUCUCCGAUCCUUCCGUGGUAGACACCCACAACGAUCUAUUGAGGCUGGCCGAGCAGGUGCUGUCCAGCAAGCAUAUCAGAGGAACGUAUGACGUGAGCUUUCUGCUCAUGCCGAGCGAUACGUCACCCCAGCUGGCAACCUUUUUCGACGUCACAGCAACCCCCGCAAUUGUGUGGUAUAAGGACCCUGACACGUACAAUGCCUUUCCACAGCAAGGGACAGCCCUGGAGGCGCUCAUCCGGCAACAUUAUCCACCCCCCGGCACAGAGCUAGCCCAACAUUUGGUUGCCUUUCUACAGUCGCACCCGACCUUACAAAGCGAUCCCUCAUCAAAAGAGCAAGGAAGCGAGGGCGUCUCGUCUGCAGUCGUUGAGAUCACGUCGAUGGUCCAGUUACAUGCGUUUAUCGCAGCAACCUCCAACAGCCCGACGGCACCCGUUGCUUUCAUAGCCUUUUACUCGUUGCGGUGUUCAUCGUGCAGUGCGCUAUUACCUCGGUUGCACCAGUUGAGCAACCAGCACACACAACCCAUCGUGCUGCUGGCCACCAUGAACGUGGACGCGGUCGAAUAUCAAAGCCUCGUACAAGUUGUGGGCGGCACGAGGUUCAGUUUGCCAGCAGUUUACACUUGUCGGAAUGGCGACAUCCAAACUCGAGUUGGAACAGACUCCUCCCCGCCCUCCAUAGAUGACCUCCUGGCUAUCCUAAGUGAUGUCCCCAUCCUUGAUUGAGCAGACCUCCCUAUCUGCCCCGAUCGGUGGCGACGAGCUAUAGCGUCGCCACGUCGCUCUUAUUUACAGGAAUAGGAAAGCUAUUUAUAUCAUUUGGAUGCUGG